AUGUCUGAUCUCGAUUCGACACAAGUUCGUACUGCAGACGAUUCAAUCUCUUCGAUUGGUGAAUAUGAGGUCUAUUUAAAGCUUGUAAGCCCGGUCGAUAAUUUUACGCCAUCUGAAUAUCCAUUGUCAAAAGAAACAACAGUUGGUCGUAGUUCUCCGUCUGAUGUAAUAAUUCCUGUACAAUCUCUUUCAAAACAACAUGCAAAAAUUACUUAUUCAAAUGGCCAAUAUUUUGUUCAAGAUUUAGCAUCAAGCAAUAAAACGUUUCUAAAUAAAGUACAAUUGACACCAAAUGUUUUAUAUGCAAUGAAAUAUGGGGAUGAGCUCCAGUUUGGUGAUAUUACAUGUUUAUUUGAAAAAAGCAAUGUUCUUCUACCCAAACAUAGUGAAAAGCAAUUAUCAUAUAUUCCAGCAGCCAGUACGUUGCAAGAGGAUAGUUAUCCAUCGAUUGAUGAUGAAUUCGAUUUAACUACACCCACAGAACAAAAUAAUAAUGGUGGAAAUGUUCAACGUAAAAGUUUUGUUGAUAGUCAUGUAAAUAAUGAUAUUACCAGUGAAGAUUCAGCCGAUUGUAUACCAUCAACACAAGCAAUUACGGAUUCGUAUGAUGAUGAUAUUGAACCAGUGCAACCAAUGAAAAUUUGGAAUAAAAAUAAUAAUCGAAUGAUUCGACCAGUUACACAAGUACGAACAUCAAUAAAAUUUGGAAAUUCUUCUUCACCAAAUAUGCAUUCUUCAGGUGUUGAUAAUGAACUGUCGUCAUCUAUCCAUACAAAUCGAAAACAAAAUGGUAUCGGUAGUGAACAUCAAGCAUUCAAUCAAUCAAUAACAUCACCUGUCAGAGCGUCUUCAUCAUUAUUAAAUAACAAUGAUAAUUUUGAAGAAUAUCAUGCCGAUGAAAUACUAAUUGGUUGUAAUACAAUACCAGCUACAUUGCCGCUUAUUGAACAAACAAAUUUAAAUAUGAAUGAUCAACUGGAAAUCGUUUCAUCGUCACAACCAUUACAGUCAUCAACAGACGAACAAAAACAAGACAUCAUUAAUAGUGAACAAGUAACAGUGGUCAACACUACUACAACAACUAUUAUUAAACAAACUGAAACGAAUGAAAUAAAUGCUUUCGAGGUUAAUACACAAUCAUAUGACCUCGAACCCGAUGAAAUAGAGAUGGCUGGAAGUCAGCAAGAAUAUGUAGGUGAAACUCAAGCAUAUGAUAUAGAUGAUAGUGAUGAAAUAAAAUCAUUAGAUGAAGAACAACAGCAACAAGUCGCUACUAGUCGGAGUGAACAAGUAAUAGAUGAAAUUGUGACAAAAACCACAACCACAACAACAACAACAAUUACUACAAGGACUAUUAUUGACAUUCCGUUUGAUUUACAAAAAGAAGAAGAGAGUAACAAUCAAGUAAAAAAUGACGGUGAACGAAGAUUUCCCACACCACCUACAGCUGGUACCUUGGCCUAUAGCAUUGAAGAUGAAAUGGCCGAUGAUGAAGACAGAACUCCAUCACCCAAUCCAGAAAGACCACCAAUACCACAAACGCUUGCAUAUCAACUGAUGCCCGAUAAUGAUAUAGAAGAUGAUAUGACACAAUCAAAUGGAGAUAAUGAAGAUUUAUCUUUGGCACCAAAUCCAGACAUGCCAGCAAUACCACAAACACUUGCGUAUCAACUGAUGCCCGAUAAUGAUAUGGAAGAUGAUAUGACACAAUCAAAUGGAGAUAAUGAAGAUUUAUCUUUGGCACCAAAUCCUGAAAUGCCAGCAAUACCACAAACACUUGCGUAUCAGCUGAUGCCCGAUAAUGAUAUGGAAGAUGAUAUGACACAUUCAAAUGGAGAUAAUGAAGAUUUAUCUUUGGCACCAUCCACUAAUUCAUCUUCAAAAGCGUUAGAAGAAGAAAAGAGUAUUGAAAAACAACCUCAACAAUCAGUCAUUGCUAGUCAACCAUCUGUUGAUGAUGAACGUAUGGAUAGCGGCAAUUUAGAGACUACCGGUGAAGCAGAUCAAAUAGAGCCAUCUACUAUUGAAUCGACAUCAUCCAAAUCGAACGAUAUCGAAGCACCGAAAAUGACUCCUGAUCGCGAAGAAAAUAAACUGCAAAAAAUGUCAUCUACUAUUUCAGAAUUCAAACCACAUGGCAAAAACCAAUCUGUUGAUGACGAACCGGUGAACCAAGCCGAAAAUAAGAAUGAUCGACUAACAUCGAAUGUUGACGAUCACGUUAUUACAGUGCCCAAUUCUCUGUCAGAAAAAUCGUCUCUUGUCACAAAACUGUCCCAGCCUCCGGUGAGUGGUGAUAAUGAAGCAAGCGAACUGUUCGAUGAUAUUGGAAAAGAUGUAGCAGUAGUUGAAACUGAUUUUAAUCGGCAACCAUCGACGGAAACUGCUCAACUAACGUCCAUAGAUGAAAAAGAUGAAGUUGCAACGAGUACACCGUCAGAAACGCAUACAUCUGCUGGUGCUCAUUUAUUAUUCCCAAGUGUUGUUGAAAAACAACUAUCUGAAUUUGAGAAUGAAAAUAAUAGUACAACUAAAUUGAAUACUACCGAUGUGAUUGAUAAUGAUGAUAUCAAAGAAAUAGAUGCAACAACAAAUGAUCAGCCACAAUCUUCGAAUAAAACGGAAGUGCAAACUGAUGUUGACGAAGCUGAAAAUGAUGUAAUGGAGCCAGACAAUAACGAACCAUCUACGUCUGUAGAAGACACCACCAUAAAACCAACAGUCGGUCGCCGUGGUGUUUCGCGAAAAAAUGCACGUCGCGCGCAUGGUAGAAAACAAAAAGUUGUAAGCUCAAAACUUCAUGGUAAUCGUGGAAGACGCAAUGCCAUAAUUCCAACAGCAAAUGAACCAACAGUCACAGAUAUAACGAUCGAUGAAACAGUCAAUACAGAAAACGAAGAUAACAUGAAUGAUAUUAGCGAAAGAGAAAAACUAGAUGAAACGUUACCACUGCCACAAGAAAAAGAAGAACCAAUAUUAUCUGAAAACACCGGUGAAAAUAAAGUCAAUACUAAACAAAAGGAUGAAAAAAAAACACCUAAUGUCAGACAUUCACAACGUAUACGAGAACGAGCAACGUCAGGAAAAAUACGUGGAUUUCCGUACGACUAUAAUGAAUAUGUUGAUUUGGAUGAAUUAGAAAAGACUCAAACAAAUCGUAAAACAAAAACUCCAGCAAGACAAUCGCGCGCAUCGAAACAGCUACCUUCUACAAAACGAAAAAGUUUGAGACAACAUAUUACUGAUGAUCAACAAGAAGAAGAAAAAGAGGAGUCUGGUGAUAAUAAUGGUGCUGAACCAAUGGCAAUGGAUAACGAAGAAAUACAAAAUACAAAAAAAGGUUUUAGUAAUAAACGUAAAAGAAAAACAACAGCACUCACAACUACAACGGCAACUAUUUCAAAACGUAAUCGAACAUCUGCACCAUCGAAAAGUCGUACUUCAACAAAAUCUGUGUCAAGUACAGUAGCAACCCCAUUAACCAACAAUCGUCGACGAAAAUUACCGUUACCAGUCACUCCGGCUGUUGAUGACAAAAUAUCAGGUCGUUCUAUCUCAUCAUCAACAAUAACAGCCAAUGAAGCUAAACGGCAAAAACGUAGUAAUCAACCAACAACAUCAACAAACAUCAGCAAACCUUCUACGUUAAAAGCAGAGAAUAAUUCUGGUCGUACACGCUCAAAGUCAAGAACACCGAAAUCUGCUCGUGCUGAUGAAGAUGAUCAACAGCAAGUUCAACAACAAUUAGUUCUUCAGACGAGUACACCUCGUGCUCGUCAGUCAGGACGUCAACAGUUCAUCACAUCGAGUAAACAGUCAUCAGCAAAACCCAACAAGAAACAGAAAACUAGUAUGCAACCAGAAACCGAAGAAGUUGAAGAAGAGCGACCAGUGCGAAUAGCUUUAAGCAGUCAUUUAGUAAGUAGAAGCAUUAUGAUAUUAUUUAAAUAUGCACUCAGGAAUUUUAAUCAACAACAGCUCGAUUUAUUAAAGAAACUUGGUUUUGAUAUUAUUGAUGAAAGUUGUCAAGUUGAUGUGUUAGUAGUUGAUCGUAUACGUCGUACAAAAAAAUUUUUCAUGUGUUUGGGAAGAGGUGCACAUAUCGUAUCACCAACAUGGAUCUAUGCAAUGUUACGUGAUGAAAAAUAUUAUCCUAUUGACAAAUUUUAUUUAAACGAUCAGCAAGCAGAACAACGUUAUGGUUUUAAUUUAAAAGAGAGUGUUCGUUUAGCCAAACAACGACCAAUAUUUGCUGGCUAUAAAAUAUUUUGCACAAAAGAUACAUCACCACCAUUCGAAGAUUUGAAAGAUAUUAUUGAAGCAGCUGGUGGAAAGUUAGUUGAUAAAAUUAGUAUGCAUCGUCCAGCCAAAGAUUUAAUAUGUAUAGUAGCCCAAAAACAUAAACAAGAAUAUGCAAAUUUAAAUAAACGUAAUAUUCCAAUUGUUAGUGAAGAAUUUGCUUUAAGUGGAAUAAGCAAACAACGUUUGGAUUUUGAUACUGCUUUAACGUCAACACCACCCGUAACAGCAUCUCAAAAUAUUGCUUCAACAUCUACAACACAAUCAACAGCACACUCUUCUGCUUCUCAUCUGCCAUCACGAAAAUAG